UUCCGCUUCCCCAGUCUGCUGGGACACUGCCUUUGUCUGAGAGGUGCUGUCUUUGAUCAACGUUCUGGAACUUGGUUGUUAGGACUGGAGGCCAUUGUCGUUACCAAGAGCUCGCCCAGCGAAUGAAGUCUCAUGUGUGAGGGUUCUUGGGAACCAAGUUGACCAGAAGGGCAGGAUUUCUGACCAAGAUAAACAAGAAAUAGCAACACAGUUCCUGCCUUGCCAGUUCUCCUGACUAAAAUCCUGACCAUUGUCUUUGACUCCUGCUGUCAUGCCUAGGGCCCACAAGAAUAAGGGCCAGAAGAACAAGGGCCACACCCGUGUCAAACAUCAUCAUGCACAGGGGGACAGCCAAGGUGCUAAACCUUCUGUAGUGAGAGAAUCAGCAUCUCCUCCUGUUAGCCAAGGUUCUGAUCUAGGUGCUGGAAGUUCUGAUGACUGUGCUGUUUGUGCUCCACGUGCCUUUCAGGCAGAAACCUUCAAUCAGCCAAUAUGCAAAGAUGCUCUUACCAAGAAGGCUAGCAUGUUGGUUGAGUUCCUGCUGGAGAAGUUUCAAAAGAGUGAGGAGUUUACAGAUGAAGAUAUGCUGAAUGUCGUCAACAAGAAAUACAAAACACAGUUUUCUGACAUCCUCAGGAAAUCUUCUUCCCGCAUGGAAAUGAUCUUUGGAAUGCGUUUAAAGAAAAUCAAUCCCAAUAGUCAGUCCUAUGCCAUUGUCAGCAAGCUAGGUCUCUCCACUGAUGAAAUUCUAAGUGGCAAGAGGGGGUUGCCAAAGAUGGGUCUCCUGAUGACCAUCUUGGGUCUAAUAUUCACAAAAGGCAAUCGUGCCACUGAGGAAGAGGUCUGGAAAUUCCUGAAUGUGUUAGGUGUAUAUGCAGGGAAGAAGCACUUGAUCUUUGGGGAGCCCCGGAAGCUCAUCACCAAAGAUCUGGUUGAGCAAAAUUACCUUGAGAUCCACAAAAUGUCUGAGGGUAAAUCCUCAAGAUAUGAUUUCCUGUGGGGUUCCCGGGCCCAUGUAGAAACCAGCAAAAUGAAAGUCCUAGAGGUUUGGGCUAGGAUCAAUGACACCGUUCCUAGCUUCUUUCCUACUCCAUAUGAAGAAGCUCUUAAAGAUGCAAUGGAGAGAGCAGAACAGGGAUAUCCAGAUGCCAUGGCAAAUGUUCAUCCAAUGUCCUGCAACUCCUCUCACAAAUAGCUGCAACCAACAUUGAGCUUUCACUUCCUGUUUGAAAAGUUGUCAGCCUUCUAUGUAGUGGAGAGUUUUUGUGUCACAGGAAUAAAGAAUAUAUUUUAUUUUUUAUGCUAUACAAUGACUAAAUGAUAUGUAUAAUUGUUUUGGUAAAUUGAAAAUGUUCCAUUAAUGGAAAAUUAAUUUGUUUCACAGUCUUUGUUUCUUGAUGUUAUGAUUGACACAUUUAUUGCUGCAUUUCAAUUUUACAACCAAAGAAUUCUGUUACUUUUAUAAAAAUUGAAAAAUUUCCACAAAUUUUUUUUUAGUGUUGCAUAAGGUAACAUGAAAUUGUAAAAGUGAUUCUCUUGGAAAUGUAAUAUCACACAUUGGUGAAACAAAUACAAGAAUAAAUUCUUAAUUGGCUCCAUCAUUUGUUGUUUGUAAUAUCAAUUGA